AAUAUAAAAGGGCCAAAUCCGAACUGUUUACCUAAAGUUGCAAAAUAUGGAUUCCACAGGGGUCUAUGCGAAAUUAACCCUGAUAUAAAAUGGGUAUUUGAUUUCCCUAUCAAAUCCAUUUCCCUCUCAUUUAUCCUUCAAAUGUUUGCUAAUCUCAAUUCCCCAACCAAAACCCCUCUCCAAAAUGCACCUCUCCCCUUUCAAACGCAAGUCUACUAUCGCCACCACUGUCCUCCAAACAAAGGAAAUCACCCUGCUUUCCCGCCAAGGCAAACUCAAUGAUGCCCUCAACCUGUUUGAUCAAAUGCCCAACAAAAACCAAGUCACAUGGAACGCAACCCUCUCUGCUCUCCUCGCAGCUGGCCAGUUCACCCAUGCCCUCAAACUGUUCGACGAAAUGCCAAAGAAAAACGCAACGUCAUAUUCAACAAUGAUCGCUGGCCUCUCUCGCUCUGGCGCUGUCUUUAAAGCCCGUGAAAUUUUCGACUCUGUGCCUAUUUCAAAACGCAACGUGUUCUCUUGGACCGCAAUGAUGUGUUGUUAUGUGCAAAAUGCGCACCCGAUGCCUGCUCUGAAUCUAUUUAGGCAUCAAUUUGGGAAGUCAGGGAUCUGGCCUAAUGCGCAUACUUUCAGUGUUUUGAUUAAAGCUUGUGGUUUGAUGCAAUGUGGUUCUAUAAUGAGGCAGAUUCAUUGUUUGUCGGUGAAGCUGUUGGAUUUGCAGAGAAAUGAUGUGAUAUUUGUUGAGAAUGGUUUGAUCAAUGUUUAUGCGAAGUUGGGAGAUUUGGGUGAUGCUGAGAGGGUAUUUAGCUGCAUGAAGGAUAAGGAUUUGGCGACGAUGAAUACGAUGAUGGAUGCUUAUGCAUUUCAUUUGGUGAUUGAUAAAGCUUUGGACAUCUUUUAUAGUAUUGAAAAGAAGGAUGCACUUUCGUGGAAUAUUGUUAUGUCAGGGUUAUUGGAUUGUCGAAGAGGGGAAGAAGCUCUUAAGCUUUUUCUGUGGUUAAUGAGAUCGGAGGUUGAUUUGAAGCCAAAUUCAUCAACCUACACUAUUGUUUUGAGUUUGUGUGCUACGUUGGCGAUGAUUGAAUUUGGAAGACAGAUUCAUGCGUCUGUUGUGAAAAUUGGUUUCUAUGUCUCUAACAUAUUUGUAUGCAACUCAUUGAUGACAAUGUAUGCACGCUUUGGCUUGACAAAGGAAUUGGAGCAAGUGUUUGACGAAAUGCUUGUAAAGGAUGUGAUAUCGUGGAAUUCAGUAAUUCAGGGUCUAGGCCAAAAUGGGUGUGCGAGAAAAGCUCUAGAGAUUGCUGAAAUAACAUUGAAUUCAAAAAUUUACAAUCAUAACACAUUCAUUGCGAUACUAACCUGCUGUAGCCAUGGAGGUUUUAUUGAUGAAGGAAUGCAGUAUUUCAACUCUAUGGGCCAAAAGUAUGGCAUUGAGCCAACCUCUGAUCACUAUGUUUGCAUUCUUGAUAUGUUAGCUAGGGCAGGGAAGCUGCAAGAAGCACAUGAAUUCUUGCAAGAAAAGGGUUUAGAAUCAAAUUCUGUUGCAUGGGAGACUCUUCUGAGUGCUUGUUUGGUUCAUGGGAGCAGUGAGAUUGGAGAGAUAGCAGCAAAGAAUAUUCAAAACCUAGAGCCUAAUAAUGUUAGGAGUUACUUGACAAUGGCGAAUGCUUAUUCAAGAACAGGGAGAGCUGAGGAAUCGAGGAGAGUUCUCGAUUUGAUGAGGAAUAAGGAUUUGAGGAAGAAUUCUGCGCGCAGUUGGAUCAUUUGAACAUAUUUCUCGUAAGGAGGUUGACCGGAUAGUAAGGAGCAGAAGCUAGCUAGCGACUGACUCUGGCAGGAGAAACUGAAGAAUCGUUGCUGGCAUCCGGCGGCAAUGCAUAGACAAGAGCAUUCAUGAGUUGAGUUGCUCCGGUACCGAAGGCCAUGAACCUGCCUUCGGUGACAGCAUUACCGAUGGGUCUUCUUCCACUCAACAACUUCUCAUCCCUUGCUCUCUUCUUCUCAAACUCGAACUCCGAGAGCUUCUUCUCUCUGAAGAAAUCUCUGUCUGUUGUCUUCUGCAUUUCUCCCACCAACUCAUUUAUUACGGUUUCGCGAUCCCUGAGCUCCCUUUCUCUGAGAGUUUUGUUGUCUUCCUCCAGCCUGGCCACUGUUUCUGUGAGUACGUGGUUGAUCCUCUUGAGGUUCUCAGUCUCUUGGCUUGCUGCAAGGUUUGAGAGAUGCGAGUGUGACUAUGUGAAAACGACGAAGGAAUUGUGAAAAACGUGAAGAAUAACUCAAAAUAGACUCCACCACACCCUGGUGUGGUGUCUGCCAUGGGUGUGGUAGAAUCUGUCCUGCACCACACCCUCUGCCACACCCACGGUGCAGGGUGUGACAGAAUCUAUCCUGCACCACAUCCUCUGCCAUACCCAUGGUGCAGGGUGUGGCAGACUCGUUUUUAGAAUCCUUCUUUGUUUGGGAAUCCUCCUUUGUUUGGGAUUGUGUUUUAUUAUAAAUAAGACCACGUUUUUAAGGAUUUUUUAAGGAGAGAAAAGGAGAGAAUUAGCAUUGU